AAGAGACAGCAAUCAUUACUGGCAUGCUGUCCCUGAAGCUUCUCCUCCAGCUUCGCAUCACAUUCCCCCCCCUCCUCCUCCUCCUCCUCCUCCUCCCUCCCUUACUUCAAACAGUCGCUACUCCUUCUUCGCUACGGCUGUAGCCUUCCCUCUCACUGCCUCCCAGGUCUUGCGCCCUCUGCCGAUGCUUCCUCAGAGUCUUUCUCUUCCGCUCCCCCCUCCAUUUCCUGUCACGCUCCCUCUGUGUCUCUCUUCCGCCCCGCCCCCUUAAUCUCCGGUUACACUGACAGAGUCUCUCUCCGUCUUUCAACCCCCCACCUCAUCUACGGGCCGGCAUUGAAACUACAGUUCAUGUCAAAUCUGGAAAACAAAUGGUCCGAUUCUAAGGAGAGCACAGAUUUAUAGGUGGUUACUAUAUCUUGAAGCAUGGAAAGGCUAGAAGCUAGGGAUUGGCCCAAAACGACCAACAGUGUUGCAGUGAUGAGGUGCACAAAAUGCAUGUUUCUGGAGGCUUCUACCCCAAUUCUGGGGGUUAUAUUUCUCAUGAACAUACAAGGCAGAAAAAUCGACAUUGUGGGCAUAUCCGCAGCUACUGGUGGAUUGUUAGCCUAUGUGUUACACAGAUGGUGUUCUUGCAGUUCUAAAGAAGAGAAAGAAGGAUGUAGAGAAGAAGUAUGUGACCCUGAAAGUGGAUCGUUGGAGUUUAGAGGAACAUCGGUUGAUCCUCCACAAUAUGGUUCUUUCAAACAUUCUGAGGUGGAUUCGAUUAUAACCCAUGAAGCCUCAGUGACUCAGUACCAGAGGACUAAACUGGACUCCUAUUCCAUGGAAACAGAGGAUUACAUCCCAGCAGUGCCGAGAUCUUCUCUAUCUGCUGAUAAUCAAGUCCUUGGCUUUGGUAAACAGAGAAAACAAAGAGACUCUACUGAUGUUGGGCCCUCAGACAGUGGUGUUUUCCAGGAAAGUUCACAAACUCCUGUUGGCCACCUGGAAACUUCCUCUCCUAAAUCCAACAACCACUCUAUCCCUAUGGAUGGUUUGGAACAAUCAGAGGAGAAAAUCACAACUCAAGCACAAAUUGCUUCUGAACAGGAGGUCUUAUCAGUCUCAGGGCGGAAAUCAAUAGAUCCUAGCCUGGAAAGAAACAAGCGCCCCAAAUCAGAAGUGACGGGAUCUUCUCCAUUGGUUGAUGAUCAAGAACCUGACUUCAGGAAAAGGAUAAAAGUAACAGACACUAUUGACGGUGGGCCCUCAGGCAGUGGUGUAUUCCAAGAAAGACCCCAAACUCCUGAUGGCCAUGGGACAAUUUACUCUCCUAAAUCCAAAUCCCAACCUAUCCCUAUGGAGGGUUUGGAAGAAUCAGGAGAAAAGUCAGCAUUUCAGAAAAUAUUUAAAGAAUUCGGAUUGGACAGUUACAGUUCUAAACUGAGCCUGAAAGAUGUUCUUAGCCUUGGACAGAUGAUUCAGUGUCAGACCCUUCCAGAAGUUCCUUGGUAUUAUCUGAGAAAGCUGAUGUCCCUUAACAGAAAUGCAAGGAAUACAACCUUACAGCAUCAAGUUACACAGUUAGACACAGACCAGGAUGAUUGGUACUUAGAUGAAGAUUCAUCAUCUGACAGUGAUGAUUCAGUCCAUCCUCUAGAUGUUCUCUGUGCUCUCCUACAUUAUUCAGACCCUUGCUUACAGCAAGAAAUUCUACUGAAAAUGUCCAUGUGCCAAUUUGCUGUCCCUCUGCUGCUCCCUCCUGGUGAUGGCACAGACUGCACCUUCAUGCUAUGGGCAAUGAGAGGCAUUGUGAAGAGGUGGAGACCUCAAUCAUCACAAGACAGUAAAGGAUUUAAGGAGGAUAACUUGGUGAACAUAUCAAUGCCAGUUUUCUCUUUUGUGAGACUAGGGAACUGCAGAACAUCAAAGUCCCACAUUCUCAAUCUUAUUCUCAGCCCAGCUCAUCAGGCGCAAGAGGUUUUUUUACACAAAGAAAUGGAAACUGGGAAUGCUUCACGUAAAAUCUCAGAUGGAUUGGUGGAAAUAUGUUGGUAUUUUCCUGGCAGCAACUUAAAAUCAGACAUUAUCAAACAACCCAUUGCAGUCACAAAUAUGAGAGGAGACUUGAGGUCUGGUGAGGAGCAGUUCAGAUUUUUAAGCCACGUAUCAUCGGCAGUGUUCAUAUUCACCGAGAGUGUCGGGGAGAGAGAGUGUGAACUUUUAGCAAAAUUCAAUAACUUGUAUAAUACAUAUAUUAUUAUAGAUCCUUCUUCACAAGCCUCUAGUAAGAAAAUAAAGGAAUACAGGGAACUGCUACAAGAAAAACUGAACCUAGAUAAGAAGAAUGUCUGGGAAAGAAAAAGAUCAUCCAAUGAUGCAGCACUGGUAAGAGAAUUAAAGAAUACUAUUGCAAAUCAUACCAAAAUAUCCGAUUAUAACAUGAAUCUACAACAAAUGUCGCAAAAAACUCAGACAUUUAAUAUUCAUGUUGAUGAAAGCUCCAUAGAGCUAGAAGCAGCAAAGCACCAUGCCAAUCAGAUUGCCACCAAUAUAAGGGACAUUGUUAAAUAUAAGAAUGAAACAAUGAAACUGCAGGGGGAGCUCUGGAAAGAACUGUCCAAAACAGAGAAAGAAAUGUGUAGAAUGAGAGACCAGGGCAGUGAGAAUGCAGAAGAUUACAUGGACAAACUGAGGCAACGUUGUUCUUCACUCCGCAAGAGGCAAAAUGCACAUCCUUUCCCUGAAGCCAUUGAACAGUUCAGAAAAGCAGCCACUGAAUUAGCUCAAAUUGAAAAACAGUGUUUUUUAAAGUUUACAAAAUUCAGUCUUGAGUCAGUUGCUAGAGAAAAUCUCUGUAAACUGCAGGCAGAGUACAAGGAGACAUUUGACAACUAUGGAGCAGAUGUAGAGAAACUAAAACAAAUAGAUCAGAGAAUAUCAGACAGCUCCUUAGGCAUUGAACACUUUCUGAGAGAACUGGGACAGUUUUAUGAAGCUAAAUAUGUUGUGGAGAAUGGCAGUAACAUGGAAGAGAAAUUCAGCAAACUCCCAGGAAUGGCUGCCGAUCUUCUCCUUGAUGGGUUCCCAUUGGAGCUGAUAGAUGGAGACGCCUCCAACAUCCCGCUACAGUGGAUUUCUGAUGUUCUAAAUGAGCUGGACACUAAGACAGGAGGGAAAUACAGAAUGAGAGUAAUCACAGUGCUGGGAGUGCAGAGCACAGGGAAGUCCACCCUCCUGAACACCAUGUUUGGCUUGCAGUUCCCUGUGGCCAGUGGGCGAUGCACGCGGGGAGCCUUCAUGACACUGAUUAAAGUGGAAGAUAAGUUCCAAAUGGAAUUAGGCUGUGAGUUUAUCCUAGUGAUUGACACAGAAGGUUUAAAGUCUCCUGAACUGGCUUCUCUGGAGGACAGCUAUGAACAUGACAAUGAGAUGGCCACUCUAGUUGUUGGGUUGAGCGAUAUCACAAUAAUCAACAUGGCCAUGGAGAACACAGCAGAAAUGAAAGAUAUUCUGCAGUUAGUGAUACAUGCUUUCCUUCGGAUGAAACAAAUAGGCAAGAAGCACAAUUGCCAGUUUGUCCACCAAAAUGUCAGUGAUGUUUCUGCGCAUGAGAAGAACCUGAGGGACAGACAGAAGCUCUUGCAGCAGUUGGAUAAAAUGACUGAAGUUGCAGCAAAAAUGGAGAAAAAGAAUCAUAUAACGAUGUUCUCAGAUAUUAUAGACUAUGACCUUGAGGAACACACUUGGUAUAUCCCUGGCUUGUGGUAUGGUGUCCCACCUAUGGCCUCAGUUAAUACUGGAUACAGUAAUGGUGUAAAUGAACUGAAGAAAUAUUUGAUUUCAUAUAUGAAAAAGAUGAAAGUGAAGGCUCAGACUAUCCCAGAAUUUACAGAGUGGAUAAAAAGCCUGUGGAAUGCUGUGAAACAUGAGAAAUUUAUCUUUAGCUUCAGAAAUAGCUUAGUUUCCGAGGCUUAUAACCAGCUGUGUAUGCAUUAUACAGGCUGGGAAUGGAGCUUCCUGAAGGCAACUUAUAAUUGGUUUACUGAGACAGAAACUUCUAUCAGGAAUCUACCAGCAGACAAACUGGAUUCAGAAAGGAGAAAAAUGAUUAUGCAAGAAAUGAAACAGAUAUUGGGAAUAGAAGAGAGAAACAUGUCACAGUCACUAGAGGAAUAUUUUAGCAGUGGAUGUGACAAUGUUCAUCUCUUGGAACCAUUUAGAACUGAUUUCUUCCGCAGUGUGAAAUAUCUCAGAGAGACACAGGAAUCUUGUUUAGUCAUAAAGUGUGAAGAUGCAUUACGUCUGCAACUGGACAGGAGCAAAGUUCAACAAAUACAGGAAAGAUUCCUCCAAAAUAUAGAAUCUAAAGUUAAAGCUAUUAUUGAGAACAGCAGGGAUAAUGGUUCUGAAUUGGAUGAUAAUAUGUUGAAGAUGGAAUUUGAAAAUAUAUGGGAAGAAACACUAAAGGGUUUAAAUAUACAAAGACUAAGCAAGAGGGAUAUAAGCCAGGAAAUGUUUCAGUACCUGAAAUAUAAUUCACCUUCUAAAAAGCUACAUGGCCAAAAUAAUUUUGAAGAUUACUAUUGGGACACUGAUUUUGACCCUGUAAUAAACAAAUACCACAAUUACAUUUCUGAAAUAAUUAGCACUAAAGGGAACUAUGAUGAGACAUACUGCCAUGAACUCCUCAGAAUGAUAAAGGAAGAACAUAAAGAAGAACCUGUAGACCUGGUUGUUUUUAUUUUUAAAGAAGCUGCUCAAAAAUUCCAGACGCUGCACAAUGAGUUUAUUGAAAAUAAUGACCCAGCUCGUUCCUUGGAAAACCUCAGGUGCCAUUACUUUUCCUUGUUUGAGAGCAUGUACAAAGAAAAGGAUGAAUGUCAGAAAAGGGCUGGAUAUUUCUGUGAGGUUUGCCUGAAGCCGGCCAUUGUACAACACAUUCAGAACCACACAGGGAGGGAGCUGUUGGAUCAUAUUCUACAAAAACCUGAAUUCAGGAGUCGCAGAACUUUUCAGUUCUAUGUCCUUGAGCAGCUUCUACAAGCAAACUCAUUUGAGGAAUACAAUAAAUGCAUUAAUAACUAUGAGAGCUUCACUCACAUAUUUAUAUUAAAUUACAUAAAGCAGCAAUACCAGAAGCUGAAGAGCAGCAGUGAUUUGUAUAUUAGAGUCCUUGAUUCCAUAAUGCAGAAAGUCAAACAUGCCUGUUCUAAUUCAGCAGGGCAAGCAAACAAUUUUUCAGAUUUUUUAGAAUACUUUUGCAGACAGUUAGAUAAAGAACUGGUCGUCUCACAGAACAAGUUGAAGCUUAUAGUUUUCGAAAACAAAUUUAAUGUUUCUGAAUUUUCAAAUAAUGUUGAGAUCUUUUUAGAAGAUACCGAAAAACAAAUUAAAGCAGAAAUGAGAGAAUGUGACAUUGACUCUAUGUUCUCCAACAUCACCUUGAAGCCUCAGGAGGAAUUGUAUAAGAAGGUCAUUGGAUGUGGGAAGCAGUGUCCAUUCUGUAAAGUGCCUUGUGAGGCUGGAACUGAUGACCACUCAGAGCACUUUGCCUCUAUCCACCGACCAAUGGGUCUGGCACAGUGCAGUAAAGAUGUUCUAGAUGUUCUAGAUCAUUCUAUCUGCUCCACUGCUGUUCUCUCUAAUAGAAGUUUCAACUCUGAAGAGACAGGCUGGACAGCUCACCCUUAUAAAGAUUACCGUAAAUAUUACCCAGAAUGGAAUAUCCACCCUGAGGAUGGAAGGAAAGGCACAGAUUAUUGGAAAUUUGUCUUGAAAGAGCAUAAUGAUAAGUUUGCACGUGAGCAUGGAAAAAAACCAGCUACAUUUCCAGAAGACUGGCAGAGGAUCACUAGAGAGAAAGCUCUACAAAGUCUAAAGAAAUCGUUUCAUGUUAAAGAAAGUCACUCUUAUUAAUCGGAUGGGGCCACUUUUAAAUCAGCUUUAUAUAAUUCAUACCCAGGAACUUGCGCUUCAAUGGCCAUUGCAGUAGAAUGUAUUCCAUUUGGGUUAUGAGUUGCUCAAGAAACAGCGACACAUCUAGAACUACAUACAAAGUGAAAACUCAACAUAUUCACCUUUUUUAUACUGAAAAACUUUAUGUUGCACUGCCAAUAACAAAAAUUUAUUUCAUAAUUAAUUUUGACUUUUUUUUUU